AUGCCUUUCAGUGAUCAUAAUCCUCGGUUGAAAUUUCUCAAGGACUCUGCUAGCACCUUGAAUGCCGGGAGUCCUUCCACCGCAGCCUAUUUAAUGACGGUUCACAAUCACAUUUUUCUGGAUGAAUGCAAGCCGCUGAACCCGCGCCAACAAGAAACGUCCUGUGGUGCUUGCGGGAGCACCAGAAAUUUUGGAACUACCAAGACCAUUCACGUUACUAAGGAAAAGAGCCUGCAACGAGCCUCCGCGGCGAAAGGAAUUGCUGCUCAUGGAGCCACGGUCUACAAAUGUCUUCGGUGUCGUCGACGGACGGUCAAACCCUCUCGAAUGGGAGCAGCACGGCCAAAGGUUACAACUAAACCCAAGCUAGAAACCCCACAGUCUAAACCCCUAGGAGAUUCCUCUGCUGAGCAGGCCCCCGAUGCUGCAGAAGUCAACCAGCCCGGUAAGGCGGCAGACAAUGCUAGCAGUAAGAAACGGGCCAAAGCACGAAAACAGGGCGGGUUGCAAGCUCUGUUGGCUUCCAAACAGAAGGCCCAGUCCAAUUCCUCGUCACUGGAUCUUUUUGAUUUUCUACAGCAGUGA